ACGUAUGUGAUCGUGUGGAUCGGUGUGAAUCGUGCGCGCGAUUGUGUGUGAGAUUUGUAUGCGGAUGUAAAUGAGGUUAUACUAGUGAACCGGUGAAUGGAGGUUAGUUAGAUUUCAACUUAAUAGUGCGUUUAAUUUGUAUCGCAAACACGAUGGAGAAUCAAAAUCUUCCACCUAUCAAAAGUAACAAUCCCGCCCCGACGGUGGAACAAAUCAACGCGGACAGGAUCACACAGCUUGCCAAUAAAUAUUGGGCGCCACACACAACAGACACACAUCUACCGUUCAGUCCUAGCGUGGUUGAAGAUAUUUAUCUUCAGGAGAUAUGCGCGUCCAAGUUUUCCAUUCGGAGAAUAAUGAUGUUGGAAUUUAGUCAGUACCUGGAGAACUUUCUCUGGCCGAAUUAUGACGCAGAAAAUGCGACGCGGGCUCACACUCUGUCCAUUGUUGUUAUGGUGAACGAGAAAUUCAGAGAACGAGUACAGGUUUGGGAAGCUUUUGAAAAGAAUCCGACGCACUUUCCCGGAUUCUUUCAAAAGGUUCUCGAAGCGUGUCUGGAAGAGAGCAUAAUGGACUUCGAGCUGAAAGAACAGACAGCGCUGAUAGUGUUUUUGAAUCAUUGUUUCAAUUCCAUGGAGGUGUCUCUGGUCAGGGAGGAAGUCAAAAGGCUGGUGUCUCUCUCCAUGUGGGUCUCGUUGCAGCAAGGCAGAAGAGAACUCGAAUUUAAGAAGUAUCCAAAGUGGAGAAAGUAUUGGAAGGUUAUAAGAAAGAGAGAUAAUCCGGAGCAAAAGGAAAAGCUUGAGUGGGAACGCAGAUUCUUGCAUAAGCUUAUGAUAAAAUUUAUGGCCAUAUUGGAAACAGUUACCCCAGAAGGACCUCUACUUUCGGAUAAGGUACGCUACUGCGAAAGGUUCCUGGAGCUGGUUAUCGAUCUCGAAGCUCUACUUCCUACCAGACGUUUCUUCAAUACUGUCAUGGACGACAAUCAUCUGGUGGUGCGUUGUCAGUUGUCUAAUCUACUGCGUCGCCCAGAAGGGAGUUUGUUCGGACAGCUUCUGGAAAUGCUCAAGUUUUACGCCCGUUUCGAGAUCAGCGAGGAGACCGGCAACCCUCUGACGGAUCACGACAUGACUCAGUUGCAUUACGCGAAAAUCACAUCGCUUCAGAACGCGGUUUUCGCCAAAUUCCCGGACUUGAGGAGCUUCGCGUUGGCGAACGUGGCCAGCGUCGACGUCAGAGACGCUCUGUACAAGCACUUCGGCUCGCUCAGUCAGGAGAAGCUGCGAUCUAUCGCGAGCUAUUUGAAUCUGGUUCCGCCGAAGGAACGGGAACACGAGGAAAAUUGGUACCGCUUGGACAUCGAGUUUCUGCGCGAAUUGUUGAUAUCGCGACACGAGCGUAGGCCGUCGCAGCUCGAGGAGCUGAAUGAGAUGCCUUUGUAUCCGACCGAGGAGAUAAUCUGGAACGAGAGCAUCGUCCCGACCGAGUAUUUUUCCGGCGAAGGUUGUCUCGCUCUGCCGAAACUCAAUCUGCAGUUUCUCACGUUGCACGAUUAUUUGCUGCGCAACUUUAAUCUCUUUCGCUUGGAGUCGACGUACGAAAUACGGCAGGACAUCGAGGAUGCAGUGAGCAGACUCAGUCCUUGGCAAGCGGAGGACGGCGGUGUUUAUUUCGGCGGUUGGGCUAGGAUGGCUCAGCCCAUCACGCAAUUCGCCGUGGUCGAGGUGGCCAAACCCAAUGUCGGCGAGAACAGACCGUCGAGGGUUCGCGCCGACGUCACGAUAAAUCUCAGCGUUCGCAAGGAGAUCAAAUCCGAAUGGGAGAAUCUUCGCAAGCACGACGUGUGCUUUCUCAUCACCGUCAAGCCGCCGAAUCCCAUCGGCACGAAGUACAGUCACAAGCUCCCUUUUGUGCCCCAAGUGGGUCUGACGACGGUGCGGGGGUGCGAGGUCGAGGGCAUGCUCGACUCCAACGGCAGGGUGAUAGAGGACGGUCCUGAGCCGAGGCCGAUUUUACCGGGCGAUUCGCGAACCUAUAGAGUCUGGCUCGACUGCAAUCAAUACCGAAUCGAUAUGGACAACGCCAGCCACGGCGGCGAAGAUGUGUACGAGGGAUUUAAUAUUAUAAUGAGACGUAAACCUAAGGAGAACAACUUCAAGGCGGUAUUAGAAACCAUAAGGGAACUCAUGAAUACUGAAUGCGUCGUGCCUGACUGGCUGCACGAUAUAAUCUUGGGAUACGGCGAUCCCGGAGCGGCGUGUUAUUCCAGAAUGUCGGAUGAAAUUGCGACGAUGGAUUUCAACGACACGUUCCUCGAUAUAGACCAUCUGCGAGCCAGUUUUCCUCAGUACGAGAUCAAGACGGAUCGCGAGGAUGAGGGAAAUCUCGUGCGGCCGUUUCUGUUAACUUUCGAGGACGUACUUGCGAAACACAACGACGAGCCCGUCAAGAAACUCAUCAGAGUUAAACCGCACAUACCGCCCAGUAGAGGUCCAUACAGAGCGAACGAACCGAAAAAAAAUCAAAUUCCCUUCACGCCGACGCAAGUCGAAGCUAUACGCGCCGGGAUGCAGCCUGGUUUAACGCUGGUCGUCGGUCCACCCGGUACCGGCAAAACGGACGUUGCCGUGCAGAUCAUCUCGAAUCUGUAUCACAAUUUUCCCAAUCAGAGAACGCUGAUUGUCACGCACUCCAAUCAAGCGCUCAACCAGCUGUUCGAAAAGAUAAUGGCUCUGGACAUCGACGAACGGCAUCUGCUGCGUCUCGGUCACGGUGAGGAAGCUCUGGAGACCGAGAAAGAUUUCAGUCGUUACGGCAGGGUCAAUUACGUUCUCGCCAAACGUUUGGAUCUGCUUAUGGAAGUUCAGAGGUUGCAGGAAUCUCUGAAUGUGAAAGGCGAUGUCGCGUACACGUGCGAAACGGCGGGAUAUUUUUUCAUGUAUCAAGUAUCCACAAGAUGGGACCGCUUUGAGACCAGAGUGAAGCAGAGGCAACACACGAGCGAGAAGUCCGACUUGUGUUCCAUAGUCGACGAGGAGUUUCCGUUCCACAAAUUCUUCGAUAACGCUCCGCAGCCGCUUUUCAAACGAAAUUCGUACGAAGAAGACCUUAAAAUAGCGUGCAGUUGCUUCAGAUACAUCGAAAGGAUAUUCACCCAGUUGGAAGAGUUUCGCGCAUUCGAAUUGCUCCGAUCGGGUCUCGACAGGUCGAAGUACUUGCUCGUGAAAGAGGCCAAGGUGAUCGCUAUGACCUGUACGCACGCGGCGCUCAAACGACGCGAACUCGUUGAUAUGGGUUUCAAGUACGACAACAUUCUCAUGGAAGAGUCCGCGCAGAUUCUGGAGAUCGAGACUUUCAUACCGUUGUUGCUGCAGAAUCCCCAGGACGGAUACAAUCGCCUGAAACGUUGGAUAAUGAUAGGAGAUCAUCAUCAGUUGCCGCCUGUCAUCAAGAACAUGGCCUUUCAAAAGUAUUCGAACAUGGAACAGUCGUUGUUCGCGAGAUUCGUGCGAUUGGGCGUGCCCACGGUCGAUCUCGACGGCCAGGGUCGCGCCCGACCCAGCAUUUGCAAUCUCUACAACUGGCGCUACAAGAAGCUGGGGAAUUUGGCGCACGUGGAGCGUAGCCCCGAGUAUCUGGUGGCGAACGCUGGCUUCCUGUACGAUUUCCAACUGGUCAACGUCGAAGACUUCAAUGGCGUCGGAGAGAGCGAGCCCAGCGCUUACUUUUACCAGAAUCUCGCCGAGGCGGAAUACUGCGUCGCGGUGUUCAUGUACAUGCGUCUGCUGGGAUAUCCUGCGGAUAAGAUCAGUAUUUUAACCACGUACAACGGUCAGAAGCAUCUGAUACGAGACGUGAUAAACAUCCGAUGCGCGAACAAUCCUCUCAUAGGCCGUCCGAACAAGGUUACGACUGUCGACAAGUAUCAAGGCCAGCAGAACGAUUACAUCUUGCUGUCACUGGUGAAGACGCGCGCGGUCGGUCACCUGAGAGACGCCAGACGUCUGGUGGUGGCGAUGUCGCGCGCCCGUCUCGGUCUCUACGUCUUUGCCCGCGUGUCUCUCUUCAAAAACUGCUUCGAGUUAACGCCGGCGUUCGAUCAGCUGAUGCAGAGAACGUUGAAGCUGCAGUUACUGCCGCAGGAACUCUAUCCCACCGAUCGGCCGAACGACGCCGUUCCUUCGACAAUGCCGAUGGAGAUCGAGGACAUGCCGCACAUGGCCAAGUUCGUUUACGAUUAUUACAUGUCCAAAGUCAGCGGAAUGAAGGGAUCGCACAAGAUGUGGCAGAAACCGGGAACGAUGCAAACAACAGGCAGUCCGACGCACAAGAUCCCGGUUCAUCCGGGAGCCGACGAUGAUACCGACGACGAGGAGGAGGAAAUUAAUCAAGAAUCGGAACAAAAGAAAGUUGACGAAACAGACGAAUCCAAAGAUAACGCCGACGACGAUGCUGACGACAAGGAAGAAGAGAACAAUGAGGAAGAACCGGAACGAAAGAAGCAAAAAGUCGAGACGGAAGAAUCCAAAGAGAAAACCGCGGAGAACAACAAACAGUACGAGCCAAUAAAGAAUUUGGUCGAAGAUCCUCCGAGCGAAGCCGAAGACAACGAAGCUGAAUAAAAUCCGCGAAGACUGAUAUUGUUGAGAGGCGUGUCGAUUCGGAAAAAAACAAAAUCCACCCCUGUUUUGAACAAGUAUCUCUACCCGUUUUGUUCUUUACAAAAUAUACGAAGGGCAGCUGAGCGCUUCGUACGGCCGGUACUUAUUUAAAAGUAACAAAAACACAAGAGUUUGAGGUCGAAACUUUCUAUUCGGUCUCGAACUAUUGAUUGCCCAAAAAACUAUUGAUUGACCAACGUAUUGAGCUUUUAUAAUUUUUAAUUUCUUGACUCCAAUCCUACAAGUCCCAAUUAUUAUCACAGGUUUUGCCGAGCGGAUACAUCCGCUCACUCUAAGAGUAGUAGUUUU